CCUCUUCCCCUCCGCCAUAAGACGAGAGAGAAAGAGAGCCCCAGGGGGCGAAGAGAGAUGAUGCCCCAAGCCCAGCAGACGACCUCAGCGGUGGGGGCCCUGGCGGCGCCUCAGGAUCCGCUGGAAUCUGCGGGAGACGCAACCACGGAGGCUCCUCCGAAGCAGGUGGCGCUGGCCAUGGAGCGGCUGACCCGCGCCGCUCGCGUCAUAGCCGACAUCCGGCUGGGGGCGGAUCGCCUACUCGAGGCGCUUUUCAUGGCGGCUGACGCCCGCGACCAAUCGAACAGCAAGGCCGUCGAGUUCAUCCUCAAGGAGGAGAGCUCCAUGCGUCAGCACUUCCAGGAUCUCCGGGCGCUCGGAAGACAACUGGAAGAUUCUGGAGUAUUAAAUGGGUCCCUUAAGUCACGAGGUAAUUCUUGGGGCUUACACAUGCCCCUUGUUUGCCCAGAUGGUGCUGUUGUUGCAUAUGCUUGGAAACGUCAACUUGCUGGACAAGCUGGUGCAUCUGCUGUUGAUAGAACCAGGAAAAGAAUGCUGGCAUCAGAUAUUGCUGAGGAUGCCAAGUUUUUCAUUCGUAUAUUUGGGUUAGCUCUUAAGGCAUUCACUGAUCAGAAGAGGCGGUUUUUCCCUCACCUAGAUGAUGAAGUAUCUGGUGAUGGGGAGAUUGGAAUUGCCAAGAAACGUUUGAAUUCCCAAGGAUUGAUCAUGAGUCAAAGAGAAGAGCUUAGAGAGAAAAAAUCUUUGUCUGAUAUCCUUAAAGAUUUGGAACAUGAGUUUCCAAAUGCAAGAAUCUUUACUUAUCAGCGCCUGGAUUGGUUAAAAAGAGCUUCCUUAUUAUCCUCUUCUGCAAUCGAGAAUUCAUCAGAUCCGUUAAAGGAGCAGAUCUUGAAUCACUCAAGCAACACAAGAUUUGGUUCUGUGAAUGUUGCUGCUGCAGAUCAAGCAGCUGUUAUUGAAUUGCUGGUUCCUUCCGUCUUUAGAGCUGUAGUAUCAUUGCAUCCAGCAGGAUCCACAAACCCUGAUGCUGUGUCAUUUUUUGCUACUGAUGAGGGAGGAAACCACAUUCAUGCAAGAGGUUUAUCGGUUCAUCAUGUGUUUAGGCAUGUCACAGAGCAUGCUGAUAAGGCGUUGCAAUACUUUGUGUGUGUGGAUAACAAUCUUUCACUUUCUCUACUUUUGCGCUGGAUCUGCAGCCAUCAAACAUUGUUUUCAAAAACUUGCAGUAAAUGUGAUCGUCUUCUGGUGAUGGAUAAAUCAUUAGCUUUGCUUUUACCUCCUGUUCACCGUGCCUAUCAGGAAACCACGACAACUAUUUCUGGCCAAACUGAAUCGACUCCACCAACUAAGGCUGUCCAUCCAGAUCAUAUUUCUGCUUAUCAUAUUGGGUGCUCUGCUGAUGAUUGCUGAUACUGUUGCCACCAUUGUAUGUCCAUUUAUUCUCCUAUUUUAUAACUGAACAGCUUUAUGUUUCUUCCCAGUGGAAGUGCAAAUGAUGUUCUAACCUAGUAGUAACUGGUAAGAUAUCUGAGUUCUUUUUCCUUGGUUCUUGUAAAUGAUUCCGCUGGGACUUCACAUGCUCUGUUGAAAUGAAAUGUGGUAGAGAAAGCUGCAGACAUUUCCCUAUUUAUUCUGCUAGCUUCAUUGUCUGCCA